UCCCGGGGAUCAUGUACCUUGUGAUGUGUGCAAGCGUCCGGGCCUGCUUAUUGCCAAGCCCACUAUGUUCAGUGUGUCGAAGGAAGAUAAGCCCAUAAUUAUAAGAUUCUUCUCGUGAAAGUGAGUAGAUUCAGUUCCUAUGAAAGAGUGAGGACAACGGCAAGCAACCAGGCAGUGUUGAGGGGCUCAGUGCUGUGACGGUCCCAAACACAAACCUGGCAGUGAUCCAGCAGCACAGUACUGAAUACAUACGCUGUACCGUCAGAUGCAAUACAACACAAGCAGUCAGCGAGACUUAAGUCCUGUGCGUCGCAGUUUGGAGUGCUUUUGCAGGCUGGAUAUGUCAAAGCAGUCCUCAGCAAUCCAGUAUUUUUCAUUUGCGACAACCGGGAAGGUUUAAAAUCUACUUUUAAUGCGCUGUCUGGGAACGAUCGAUUCAACACGGUUUUGCAUGGAAACGUCGAGACCAAGUCUCAAUGUAGGCCCUAUGACUCUGUCCGAAACUACAAACUGCACAAGACCGGGUCAUCAUCCAACACACUGUUGACUGGUGUGCUUGUUUGAGGUCAGCUGCCAUCGCGUGUCUCCAGAGGAAAGGGAAUAUAGUCGUGCACUGCAGGUACGGGGCAAGGAAAGAACAAUUUUUAUGACCAACACUGAUCAGAAGCUACUUGCUAAGUGCUACAAGCCAGGUGCUACCGCCACAAACAGUCAACACUAGGAUACAAUAGUGAGAACAAGGGACGACACUGGAACGGAUGGCUCUUUUGACACUUUGCUUGAUUGUCCUGGCUUCUGGGUUAGCGGCAUCCCGGAAAUUUGAGAAAGAUAUUAUAGCGAAUUAUAUAGAGAGGAACUAUGGAUCUCGCAGUGUCAUACCCACUUUGAAUUCGUCUGGUCCGCUCAAUGUCACCUUGCGCCUCCUCAUUGCACAACUUGUAGAUUUUGACGAGCCCGAACAAAAAUUGACGAUACAUGCUUGGCAAAAGAUGUCUUGGCGAGAUGAGUUACUAGUCUGGAAUCCUGACGACUAUGGAGGCCAAAAUGUGAUACAUGUCUUUCCGUCAGAUAUUUGGAUGCCUAGACUCGUCAUCUUGGAAAAUGUAAAUUUCGACUUUUCAAACGCCAAGGAGAUAGAGAUUAUCAUCACUGCGGAUGGAAGUGCAGUUUGGUACGCGCCUGUGAUGCUUAAAACCUCCUGUAAAGUCCACGUCAAGAACUUCCCUUUUGAUAUCCAACAGUGCAGUGUGACCUUCAUGGCCUGGACUUACGACAUGUCUGACAUCAAUCUUCGAUUCUUCGAGGACGAGGACAGCAAGCAAAUGAUCUACAACCCCAACGGCGUCUGGGACGUGGAAAACGUCAAUGUGAGCCGAGUCGAGGUGAAGUACAAGUGCUGUGAGUACCCGUACCCGCAGAUCGUCUACACGCUGAGCUUGAGACGUGCGUCACGUGUCUACAUCCUCAGCAUCUUGGUCCCUUUGAUCCUCCUCAAGAUGCUCACCCUGGCUGUGUUCUGGAUGCCAGCUGAGUCUGGGGAGAAGAUCUCACUGGGAAUGACCAAUCUUCUCGCUUUCGUUCUCUUCCAGCAGCUCAUAUCAGCGAACAUGCCGCCAGUGGGUAACGAAACUGCCAUCCUCACUAUAUAUAUCUUCUGCAUGGUGGUGCAGUCGUGUGCGUCCGUUUGCGUGUCGGUCUACGUGCUACGGUUAUACCACACGCCGCCAAGCAAGCCCAUACGCCCCUGCGUGAUCCGGCUUUUGACUCAUUUGGGACAACAGAAGGAAUGCAUAACAUGGCAGGUGGUUUCCCGCGUUUUUGACAAGGCCAUGUUUGUCUUAUUUCUUCUGGUAUCUAUCCUGAUGGUGGUUAUUUCAUUGUUUGCUCUGAGUGGUCAAGAAUGGUGAGUAAUGACUAGUUAUUACAAGCGUCGGGAAAAUUGAGUAAAAUGGAAAGUUUCGCAUGGUUAUCAAAAAGGUCAAUUCCUAAUUAUCCACUUGGUAACUUUUUGCGAUUAGUUAAUUUGUUUCACGUUGAGUGCUAAAUUCAUUGCAGCUUAACAACUUUUUGUAACUAACAUUUUAUUUUACGUCCCACCUCACUGCUAUAGGAUUUUUGUUGUUAAAGUGGCUGAAAACAUUAAGAUAUAUUGCAUCACAAAUUUGAUAUCAUUCAUCAGCAUAAAGGACCUUAAUGUGUAAUGAAGUGUUAUUUUAUUGCUUUCAUUUGUAUUCUAAGCUGGAAAAAAUGGGGGAAAAGGGCUGUUAACGUAAGUUUCGCUUCAACAUGGCCGACGUUUAAAUAAGGUCACUUGCACUUGUUACGAUAUCCUGCUCAGGCAUGGUAUGCCUCUCCGAGUCAGCCACCGAGCUUAGCUGCUGGUUGUGUUCCAUUUGUUUCUUUUGUUUCAAAAAUCCGUAGAGUCUCGGUGCUUGAUAUUAGUGUCUGUGCUAAGUCUUUCAUCACACUAAUCAAAAGUAGCAUAAUAGCUGCUAUACGUAAUGAUUUUGUUUCAAUAUAAAUCAAUUUUGAAAACUGAAUUAUUUUUAAUAAGGAUUGAUCAAUAAUAAAACCGAGUUAGACAUUCAAACCCAAAUACUAUGUUAAAAUGAUUUACAAGUUUUGGGAAAAUUUUAAAUAAGUCCCCAACGUUAUAGAAACAAUUUUGAGUGGGGAAGAAUAAUGGAAAUCUUUUAAAGGUCAAAUGGCAAAGAAAAUUAGGGGUCAUCUGUUUGGUCGAUAUUAGCUUAAUGGUAAGAAAUAGACGACCCUUUUUCAAAUAUAUUCCUUAUGGAGAAGUCUUGGGGUAACCAUUUAAAAAAUAUUUUUGGCCCCCCCAAAAAACGAAGAAUAUGGUUUUCCAAUUUCGGAAAGGCGCUACUCAUGAGCGUUUGGCUAUAACAGAACACCGCUAACUGGUGGGAUAAUAUAAAUUUGACUAUAAUUGCAAAUAAUGUAUUUACUUGUUUACAAUCUGGUUUUUAAUGUAUUUUCAAUUACUCUUUCGUUGAAUAUAGUUUAAUUUAGUUGAUUCUGGAUUGUAUUGAAUCACUUCAUCUAAUGGUAAGCAGACAAUCUGCAGACAUGAUGGACUGCCAGAAUUGGAACGAAAACCGAUUUAUUCAAGAUAUUGCCUUGAUGUAAAGAUAUUGAUGAUGGACUUUUUCCAAUUACAUUUCAGUCAACGGGCAUCAGAAAAUAAUGCGAUCAAAAUUCCCCAAGCUAGGAAGGUGUGUACACGAUAAACAGUCGUCACUCGUUAGUGGAACAACAUUAGAUCGCAGCCCGUUGAGUUGAUAGUAGAGAGCUUUAAGGUUGAUACAAAUAAUUUAUUUAAGUUGUUUUCGGUCAAAAUCGAUCUUUCUUCAGUCCGCAAUAUAAAUAAGCCAGAUGUUUAUGAUUUGAUUCCAAUGAACAUGUCUAUCAUGGAACGUAGAAAUAAGUUUUUGAGUUCAUAGACGGAAUAUUCCAUCCAACGGG